UACGCAGUAGGGAGAAUAACGUAAAGGGUAAUUGGAUCAGCGGAGAGGGAGGAGCGAAGAUUUAUGUUCAUGUACAAUCCAUGUGCAUAUAUGUGUUUUCCAGUGAGCAGAGACUAAAUUUUGCUUAAUUUCAUCUUAGUUCCCUUUGGUAAAGCGGAGCGAGUUUCACGGUGCUACGCAAACUACAGUUUAAUGGCGCGCUUCGCGAGCGAAAUAAAGAAAGAAGCACCCGUCGGAAACUCUCUGUGUCUCUUUUAUGGAUACCAAUGGGCAGCUACAGUGAAACUCGACGCUUAAAGGAACCACGUAUCCGUUACAUCGCUGCUGUCGUCGUCUUCAUGAGAUUGCAACUCUAAAGCUCGGCCAUUCUUCGAGAGCCUUAAAGAGCAAAGGACGGCAGGUGGCGGUAAUUGUCGUUUCUACGUCGCAGAUGCAGUGAGAAUUUAAGUUAUAAGAGAGUUUAAGAUCAUAUUGCAUUCAGUUACCUGAACUGUUUUCUCCCCGAUAAUGGAAGCUGUGAAUGCAGAGGAGGCCGUGGAAGAUACUGUUGUACGAAUUGUCGAACAAAUAAGUGAGAUGUCACUCCCAGCAGUAGAAAUAAGCAACCCACCUGCGCAGCAGUUCAGAUCAAGUUCACGUGAAAGAAGCUUGACAGAGAAAGGUCUAGAGAUGCGUGAACAGGAAGCCAAGAAGCAAGAGAAAGCUUUCUAUAAGGCUUAUAACUUUUGGAAGGAGACUGCAAAAGAGACUAGAUCUAGACUGAAAAUGUUCUGUUCACGUGAGAAUCUUGAAAGAAUACUGCAAGACAUUCAAAGCAGGCAAAACUCAGUCUAUCAGCACUAUGAACCAAUACUGCGUAACAAUGCUACAUCUCCAGACAUUGUCAAUCGUAUGGAUGCUUGUGCUGCACUGACCGCUGAGAUCAGUGAUCUUGUGAGUAAACGGCUAGAUACAAUAGAUGAAGAUUAUAACGAAGUGCUUGUGAAGGAAAGAGUGAGACAAUUGCUAAAUAAAGAUGAGUAUGGAUCUGUCUUUGGAUUUACAGUAACAAACACAGUCACUUCAGAGUCAUCACAUGGAUCCUGUAAUCAAUCAAAGACUUCUUCCACGAUCUCAAGUAAACGAGCUGACGCAGAGGCAGAACUUGCAGCAAAACGAGAACAAGCUAAAGCUAUGCAAGAAAUCCAUGAUCAACAAUUGAAGCUUGAUAAGAUGGAGAGUGAUUGGAAGCUUUGUGAAACAAAAAUGCUUGCAGAAAUAAAACAAAGGGAGAUCGAAAUGCAGCUAAAGCUAGAAGAGGAAAGAAAACAGUUACAUCAGUUGCAAGUAGACAAAGACAUAAAGGUAGCAGCAGCUCGUGUCAAGGUGUAUAACGAUCUCGAAGGAAUCAUUCAAGGCAAUAAUGAAGAACUAGACACUAGCACUCACAUUGGCUGUCACAGGACAGAACCCACAUUUCGACUAAACCCGGAAGCUGAAUUGUUCUUACCCCAGCAAGCAGUCUGUGAAGAGCAUAAAGCCCAGACAUCCCGAGAUAAUGUUGCUCUUGCUCAAGCGAUAGCAGAUUCACUAAGCACACAUCGACUGCCUGUUCCUGAACCCACCAUCUUUGCUGGUGACCCCUUGAAAUUCAUAGAUUGGAAAAUGUCCUUCAUGGCCCUUAUUGAUCGAAAGCCCCUCCCACCUGGUGAAAAGAUGUUCUAUCUUAAGAACUACCUUGUUGGAGAAGCUCGCAAAGCGGUGGAGGGAUAUUUUUACAGAAAUUCUGAGGACGCAUACCAAGGUGCCUGGAAGGUCUUGCAAGAUAGAUAUGGGAAUCCAUUCAUACUGCAAAGGGCUUUUCGAGACAAGUUGAUGAGAUGGCCCAAAAUUGGGGGAAAUGACCCUCUCGCUCUACGAGACUUCACAGACUUCCUUCAAGGAUGUGUUGAGGCAAUUCCUCACGUUAAAGGACUAGCCAUUCUAAAUGACUGUGAAGAAAACCACAAGCUGCUAAAGAAACUUCCCGAAUGGAUUAUACGCAAGUGGAAUCGAAUUGUGGUGGAAAAGCUUGAUGCGUCAUGCGACUAUCCAAGUUUCAAACACUUUACAGAGUUCAUGCAAAAGGAAACCAGAAUAGCAUGCAACCCCAUUACUUCCCCAGUCUUCAUGAAUCUGAGAAAUUUAGAUGAAAGGUUUCCCAAGCGAGCUAAGGCUCUCAGUACAAAGGCUGAUGUGAAAGACUUCAGCUCUAAAAGGCUUGAAACAUCCAGCUUUAAGCCAAAGGUGACUUGCUUCAUCUGUAAAGAUGAAAAACACAACAUUGCUCAAUGUCCUACAUUUGCAGAAAGAACCAUUGAAGACAAGAAAACUUUCGUUCAAGUAAAUCACCUCUGCUUCGGGUGUCUCAGGAAAGGGCAUAUUGUUAAAGAUUGCAAAAAACGACAUAAAUGUGGAACAUGUGGCCGAAACCACCCUACCUGCUUGCAUGAAGAAAGAGACAAAGUGCCUUUGAAAGCAUCAAGGAAAACUUCCACAGAAGUUCAAGCAAGUCAGGAAGUUCACAAAGUCAUGGCCCAUGUACUCACACAAAGUUCUUGUGCUACUUCCAGUAUCGUGCCAGUCCUCAUUUCUACAGUGGAAGAACCACAAAGAGAAGUCCUUACUUAUGCUCUACUGGACACGCAGAGUGAUUCAUCAUUCAUUUUGGAAGAACUUCUUGAUGACUUAAAUGCAAUCACUCAACCAGUGCAACUUAGACUCAGCACUAUGACAGCUGUUGACACCAUCACUGCAAGUAAAAGGGUUCGUGGGCUGCAAAUUCGAGGGCUUCAAGCAACAAACUCCAUUCAACUACACCAAGCAUAUACUAGAGACUUCAUUCCUGUUGACAAGUCUUAUAUCCCAACCAAAAACACAGCACUGCAAUGGCCUCACCUCAGACAUCUGGCAAAUCAAUUACCACCUCUUCAGAACUGUGAAGUUGGACUUUUAAUUGGAUAUGACUGCUCAUCAGCUCUAGCCCCCCUCGAAGUCAUAAUAGGUGGUGAAAAUGAACCAUUUGCACAAAGAACUGAACUUGGCUGGAGUAUCAUAGGCUUUUCUAAUCCACACCUAGACAGACAGGGAAAUCAGAGAUUUGUUCAUAGAGUUGCGGUGAAAGAAAUACCAGUCCCAUUACCCAACGAUGUUUUGAAGAUCCUAGAGUCUGAUUUCAACGAGAAAGGUUAUGAGGAUAAAACUGUGUCCCAAGAGGAUGUUCGUUUCAUACAGCAUCUUAGUGCCAAUAUCAAACAGAAGGAUAAUAGACAUUAUGAACUUCCUCUCCCUUUCAAGUGUAAUGGCCAACCCUCACUGCCAAAUAACAAGCGGCUAGCAGAGGCCCGUUUGCAGCAUUUGAAGAGAAGGCUCAAGUCUAACAAGCAAUACUCUGAUCAUUACAAGGCCUUUAUGGAAGAGAUCAUUAACAAAGGUGAUGCUGAACUAGCCCCAGAGAUACCUGAAGGAGAGACUGUAUGGUACAUUCCACACCAUGGGGUGUACCACCCUCAGAAACCAGAUAAGCUGAGGGUUGUGUUUGAUUGUUCAGCUAAGUUUCGUGGUAUAUCUCUAAAUGACACUCUUCUGACUGGACCUGACCUAAUUAACUCUUUAGUGGGAGUACUAUGUCGCUUCAGAAAGGAACUAGUGGCAGUCACUUGUGACAUAGAAAGGAUGUUUCAUCAGUUUCUUGUCCCUCCAGACGAACGCAAUUUUCUAAGGUUUCUAUGGUGGGAGGGAGGAGACUUAGAGAAAGAGCCUCAAGACUAUCGUAUGGCAGUCCAUCUCUUCGGCGCUACAUCAUCUCCUGGGUGCGCAAAUUUCGGUUUAAAGUACCUGGCACAGCAGCACAAAGCCAAACACCCAUCAGCCUCAGUGUUUGUUGAAAAGAACUUCUAUGUGGACGAUGGUUUGACCAGUGUUCGUUCUGUCAAUGAAGCCAAAGAACUGAUCGUUGAUGCUCAAAUAUUGUGUAAACGUGGAGGCUUACGGCUUCAUAAAUUCAACUCAAAUGAGGAAGAUGUUCUCUGCUGCAUAGACCCAUCAGAAAGGGAUAUCACAUCUAAGCCCCUUGACUUAAACCUUGAAGCGACACCAACAGGACGUGUACUUGGAAUUCAGUGGUCAACAAAGGAUGACACUUUCAGAUUCAACAUCAACUUUAAAGAUCAGCCGUCAACUCGCCGUGGUAUCUUAUCUGUCAUUGCUUCCCUGUACGAUCCACUAGGGUUUGUUUCACCAUUUAUUCUGCGGGGAAAGUGUAUCCUGCAAGAAUUGUGUAGAAGAGGCAUAGGAUGGGAUGAUCAGCUUCCAGAUGAAUUAUGUUCACGGUGGGAGGAUUGGAAAAAUGGUCUUCAAAGGCUUAAGGAAGUUGCCAUACCAAGAUGUUAUCACCCAACUGCUUUCAAUAAAAUCAUCAGAUCGGAACUGCACCAUUUCUCCGAUGCAAGUAAUGCCGGAUAUGGAGUUUGCUCUUAUCUCCGUUUCAAAAAUGACAAGAAUGAAGUGCAUUGCAGUUUGGUGAUGGCAAAGUCCAGAGUUGCACCUACAAAAAUCACAAGUAUACCGAGAUUGGAACUUGCAGCAGCUGUCGUGUCUGCAAGAAUGAGUGUCAUGCUGAAAACAGAGCUUGACAUGAAGAUUGACCAAGAGUUCUUCUGGACAGAUUCACAGGUUGUUCUGGCAUACAUUAAUAAUGAAGCACGAAGGUUUCAUGUAUUUGUUGCUAACCGUGUGCAGCUCAUAAGAGACAUUACGGAUCUGAGUUACUGGCAUUAUGUUAAUACAACAGAAAACCCAGCUGAUCACGCCUCUAGAGGGCUCCACGCCUCUGACAUCUCUUCAUCGAAUUGGUUAUCAGGACCCAAAUUUCUGUGGGAACAAGAAGUAAGUCCAAUACCAUACACAUCUGCCAACCUGCUUGUUGGUGACCCUGAAGUUAAAUCAGUCCAAACAUUUGUGACCACAAUCAGCAACAGUACGGACAUUCUUAGUCGUUUCAGCCGAUUUUCUUCUUGGUCAAUGCUUCUAAAGGUUGUUGCAAGGAUAAAAAGGCUGGGAUCAAAACAGAAAUUCCCCAGCGAUCAUGUGACUGUCGAGGAGCGUCAGAAGGCUGCUGAAGCAGUGAUUAAGCUUGUGCAGCAGGAAGCAUUCUCCAAAGAAACAAGAAUGAUUGAGAAGGGGAACUUUCUUCCAAGUUCUAGUGCAUUAUACCACCUAGAUCCUAUUUUCGACAAAGGUCUUCUUCGCGUAGGCGGAAGACUGAGAAGGUCAUCACUCAGUCCAGAACUAAAACAUCCGGUGGUUCUCCCAAAGGAUAGUUACAUCACCAAUCUAAUUCUGUCACAUUACCACACCAAAGUUUGUCAUCAGGGUCGAAACCAAACUCAAAUGGAGCUUAGAAUGAAUGGAUUUUGGAUCAUUGGAGGCAGUAAGUCAGUUGCUAAGCUGAUACACAAGUGUGUGCAAUGCCGAAAACUUAGACGACCAACAGAAGAACAGCGAAUGGCAGAACUUCCCAAAGAACGUGUUGAAGUAUCUGCUCCCUUCACAUUCUGCGGCAUGGAUUGUUUUGGGCCAUUUGUCAUAAAGAGAACUCGCAAGGAGUACAAGAGAUACGGCCUAAUAUUUACUUUCUUAGAGGAGCAGUACGCAAACUUCAGUGUGACCAUGGUACCAACUUUGUGGGAGCCAGAAAUGAGCUCAAAGAAUCAAUGA